CAGGUCAUGGGCGACACGCUGCUGCUGAUCCUGCCGCUGUGGAAACUGUCCGCUCUCGCCGUCACCAAGGGCCAGGAUGGGUUGAUGCGCAUGUUGGCGGGCCCGCCCUUGGACGCCAACGUGGGUGCCCAGAGGCUGCUGCAGCGUCUGAUCGAGGUCCUGCUCAGUGACAAGGCGGACUUCGUGGACAUCGCGCUGUGGUUCGCGGCCGAGCCGUCCUCGGCCUCGCUGCUGAGCAGCGGCGAGGCCGUGCGAUUCCUGCUCCCGGAGGCCGCCAACGACGAGGAGUUCGACUGGCUGCGGCGAGAGGGUAUCUACCGCAUCCAGGAGAACGUUGGCAUGCUGCACGGCCACAUCGUGAGGACGGGACGGGGGACUUGA